AUGUCUAAAAAUGGCGACUGUUUUGUUGGGCGGAAGAAAACUCGCCGAUUUACGAGUGGUAGAUCUCCGUCAAGAGCUCGAAAAAAGAGGCUUAGAGAAAAGUGGAGUGAAGGCAGUAUUGUUGGAACGAUUACAGAAGGCCUUGGAGGUAGAAAAGGAUUAUGAAGAAGAGACCUCAGAUUUCAUCCCAAUUGAUAGUGUGGAUCUUACUGGUGAAGAUGACGAAGACGAUUCGGAAGAACAGCCCUCAGCGAGUCCGAUUGCGUCCCCUCAGAGGCAGAAACAGCCGAAGAAAACUUCGAUCACCCCAGACUUAAAGAGGAAAGCUGCACCGAAAGUGGAAGAACCCAAGGAGUCGGUCAAGGACGAAGGUGAUACUGUAUUGGAUGUUGAUCUAAAGGAGGAUAAAGCCUUCAAAGAGGAGCCUUUGGAUGCUGAUGAUUUAGACAGUAAUAAGCUUGACAGCAUAAUUGACACCUCAUUGACAGUGAAAUCUGAAGUUGGUGAUGAUAACAAUGAUGAUGGUGAUGAUAAUGAUGGUGAUGAGGUCAAUGAUGAUGAUAAUGAUGACGAUGAUGAUGAUGAUGAGGAGGAGGAAAAAAAGGACAGUGAAAAGGAUGUUGAAGAAGAUGAUGGAGACUUGAUACCAAAUGAGGGAGAUAUUAAAGUGGAGGAUCUGGAGGAGCAAAAUGACUUGGAUAACAACAAAGAGGUUGAUGACCAUUCUCUGAUUGAAGAAGAAAAAACAGAGGAAACAGAAGAAGACACCCACGAAAUGGAAGGUACAGAAGAAUCAGCUGAUGUUGAAGAGCCAAUGGAGACAUCAGGACCAGCAGAAAUAAGUGUAGAAGACACAAGUGAACAAAUGAAAGAUGACAGUGCUGCAGCCAUGGACAUGUCAGAGCUUGAUGGUUCCAAAGAGAACAGUUUGUCAGUCUCGUUAUUUGUCCAUGCAGAUGACGUACAAGAUGACCUUGAUGAUGAUUUGAAAGAAGCAGCUGCAGCAGAGGCUGCAGCAAAAGAGGCAGCUGCUGCAGAAGCUGCUGCUAAGAGUCAAGAAAAGGGAGAAGAAAAAUCUGAGAAAGGGAAAACCAAGGAUGCUGAAAACCAUGUUGGGAAAGAAGACACCAAGGCAGCAGAUAAAGCAAAAGAAGAGAAGGCUAAAGAUGGAGGAAGUUCAAAAUCCCAAACAUCUUCCUCCCAGAGUGAGAAAGGGAAAACAGGUGAAGCUAAGAGUAAAGAUUCAAAAGCUGCUGACAACAAGACAACCAAAACACCAGGAAAGAGUGCUUCCUCUGCAAAGGACAAAAAAGAAACUGGAAAGAGUCUGUGGGUGAGCAAUCUGUCAUCUGUAACAAGAGCUGCAGACCUGAAAACAAGGUUCAGUCAGUAUGGAAAGGUGGUUGGUGCUAAGAUUGUGACAAACUCCAAGGCUCCUGGUGCCCAGUGCUUUGGACUUGUUACCAUGUCAACCAGUGAGGAGGCUGCCAAGUGUAUAUCACACCUUCAUCGCACAGAACUGCAUGGAAAAACUAUCACUGUGGAUAGGGCUAAAGGUGAUCGCAUACCUACAACUCAAUCUAGCUCUGCCAAGAAGCCAACAGAUAAGAAACCAGUUGAUAAGAAGCAAGCUGACAGAAAGCCAGCUGUCAAAAAGCCUGCAGAAAAGAAGCCAGUAGAGAAGAAACCAGCAGAAAAGAAACCAGCGGACAAGAAACCAGCAGAUAAGAAACCAGUGGAGAAGAAGGACAAGCCAGCUGACUCAUCAGACAAAUCCAAAGCAAAAACUGAUGACAAGAAGCCACUAGCAAAGAAACCUGUGGAAAAGACUCCUGGUAAAUCAACAGCCACUAAAACACCAGCUAAGUCAUCUUCUAGAACUACUCCAAAACAACAGAAGUCAGGAAGUACUUCUUCAAGUGGCAAAAAAGACGAAGGUUCGAAACCGGUCGUGUCGAAUAAAUCCUCUGACAAGGAAAAGGAGAAAGACAAAGACCAGGAGAAGGAAAAAGACAAAGACAAGACGGAGAAAAGCACCGACAAAGAUAAAAGUAAAGAAAAGGACGAUAAAAAGCCCAGCAAAAGCCCAAUCAAGUCUAUUGACGAGAUCCGACGUGAUAGGCAGGAACGACAGAGGCUGGAGAGAGCUAAAGAGAUCCGUGAGCAGCGUGAACGUGAGCGACAGGAACGACUUCGACGAGAGCGUGAAAGGCUUGAACGGGAGAAAAUGGCCGAACGACAACGUGAACGUGAACGAGAAAGAGAACGUGAAAGGAGAAGGCUUCAGGUUAUACGUGAACGAGAGAUACGCGAAAGACAAGAACGUGAACGAAUACGGCUGCAGCGUGAAAUAGAACGGCAAAGAGAACUGGAACGCCAACGGGAACGUGAACGCCGUGAACGCGAGGAACGUGAACGCCUAGAACGGGAGAGGCGUGAGAGACUUGAACGAGAAAGACUUGAGCGUGAACGAAUUGAACGUGACCGCUUACAACGCAUUGAACGCGAACGAUUGGAACGUUUGGAACGUGAACGCCUUGAACGAGAGCGUUUGGACCGUCAACGUUUAGAACGUGAACGAUUGGAACGUGAACGUCGGAGUCUAAAGCGCCAUGGUGCGCCCUUUGAACGUGGAGAUCCAGCACAUGCUCAGAAACCAGUUGGUUUUUGGGAAGAACCUAAACGGGCUGCUUUGGGUGACGAAAGACCGCGUGACUUCUUCAGCGGUUCAGUGGGUGAACGUGAUAGCAGACGUGACCGUCCUGAAGUCUCCUCAGACAGGCGUGAUUCUCGAGGAGGCCAUCGUGAAGACGGUCGGCAACCAGCUGGAGCCGGUCGCGAACGCAGAACCGAGGAGUGGAGUCGAGCAGACGAAAGGCGUCUUAAGAAAGAUGAGAGAGAGCGACGUAACGAAGAAGGACACCGCGGGCGUGACAAACCUCACGACCAUUCCAGAGGAGCACGUGAUCGUGACUUGCGUGACAGCCGUGGCAACCACGAGACUAAGGCCUGGGCUACUGGAGGUGACUUGUCUGGGGCCGGUGUUGGGGUUCUUGGAGCUGGAAUGGAUCCACAGAAGAGCUUGUCCAUCUUAUUGGAGCGUGCUGGCGUCAGGGGCAUCUUGGGCUCAGGCGCCUCUGCUCAAGGACAUAAUGUGCGAGGUGAUUUGAGUAAAUCUAUAGAGGAACCCAAUUGGCGUGCCCCUGACCCUCGUGAUAGCAGGCCGCCUAUCCCUCAAGCUGAAAGAGGGGGGAACUUUACGCACGGGUCCUCAGGACUCGCAGACAUCAGAAAUGUCCAUGUUGAUGCACGUUUCGGUUCGCUGUCCAUGGACACAAGCCAUCGCUCUGUGGCCAUCACUGGAGGAGUGGAAUCUAGCAAGCCACCCGCGCGAGACUGGCGAGACACGCAUGGUGGUAGCCUGACAUCUAGAGACCGCGAUGCGCUUGCUGCCAGGGAGAGGGAGCGUCCACGAGAUCGUGGCGCGGAGGUCAAGCAGAGCAUUCCUCGUCCAGGAACCAUGUAUGAUGCUCGGGAUACCCGUGCACCGAUCAGCCGUGACUCCAUACCGCCUAGAGGUGCGUGGGGAAAUGGAAUGGACUCGCGCCAAAAUGCCACUCCUUCUCUUGGCGUGUCAAAUGCAGGCCGCCCCUCCGUUGACGAUAGGUCGCGUGCUGCAGUCACUGCCCGCGACAGUGCACCAACUCCUUGGAACCAGCCCGGAAGUUCCUUGGCGGCUCCUGUUGCCCGAGGUGCUUACACUGGAAGUGCAGUUCCCGGUGCGGAGAGGCGCCAUCCUGUCGCAGGCGACGUCAGAUAUGAGCCUUACAAGGGCGCCCCACGUGUCAGCAUGAUGCGGCGGUACUGAAACAUUGAUAAACUUCUGACGUUUCUUUGAUUCGGUGGACGAUUUUAGGUUAACUUCAAGUUUUAGGUGUGAAACAGUCCUCUGUGAAUCUUGUACUUGCGCAAGUUUUAGAACCUAGUGUGAAACUUGGUAACUUGCUCGACAAUUUUGGCAUUUUAGAGUCUCGGAAAUUCUCAACUGAGCAUAACUUGUACGUUAGAAUUAACGCCUGUUCAUUUUGAUUUAGCUUGUAAUCCAAAGUAAUCAUCCAAUGGGAGUUAUUUAAACAAGAAGAGCCCUGUUACGGGUAGAUGAUCGCGCCUGUAGUUGAACGUACAAUAAUAGUUCAACAUCGUGGUAUAGAAAUUUCAAAAUCUUGAUGCAUCUAUCGUCGUGUCCUUUCAUCUUACCUGAAUGAGGCUUUUGAUCUUUCGGCUUUCAAUAUCUUUCAUUUCGAAUAAAUGGCAUGGAUUAACAGUUGUUGGAGUCUCGUUAUGCGUGAAAAUUAUGUUGGACUACGCUCAAGAUCGCGAAAGUUAAGGACGAAGCAAUCUUGGAAGCGAAUCGUAAACAUGGAUGAAUGAAGCUUGCAAAGCAGUCUGUAACGUCCGUAAUGCAAAAAUAAUUACUACGCCAAGUGCUAUGGAUGAUAAAGUCAAGGGAUAAUGAUGUAAACGAAUAUAAGUUUGAGAAGAAGAAAUCAUUAAUUCUUGCCGAAUUUACCCUCCCCGUCAGCGUGUUACAGUUAAACAAUGAAGGAUCAAGAUGGAAUUUCGCGGAAAAACGAAAAUGUUGAAAUGGUUUUGGACGUAAGAGUCGCUUACCAAGGGAUUUGACGAAAAUUGUUAUUGUUCGCAAAGUUUCGUCGGGCUUAUAUCUCGUUAACUUAUUAACCCUUUAACUCCCAAGAUCUCAUUAGUAAUUCUCCUUACUGUUUACCAUACAGUUCUUGUGAUGUUAGUUUUGAGAAUUUGGUAUUGGAUCAACUACUAAUCCUCUAUAUUUUUCUUUAUUUUUGUCACUUAUCUGCUUGAUAUUGUAUUGAUAUCGCAAGGAGAAAUUCCGUCUUGGUCACUUAUGGGAGUUAAAGGGUUAAGGUACUACCUAGUCGUAGUGGUGAAACAAACACGAGUAAAUGAUGUUGCACGGGUCUCCAGCUUAUUUAUCUUAUGGCAUUCAAAUAGAUACACUCCACUCUAGUCCGCCUCUCCCCUCCCCUGGUGCCUUACCCACUGGUCAUGUUGAACCUAUUUUGCGUGGUCACGUGUCGGUGGUUGAUCACUUGAUGUUCCCAUGCGGUGUUCAGCUUUUGUUUGUUUCACCAUUGGAAACCUUGUGCUUUUUAUCUUGCUUUGGUAAGUUGAUGCAGGUAACUUGUUUUGUUAACACUUGUGUCCCAGUACAGGCAGCACGGCUGAAGGAAGCGAUGAGGUGAGUUACAAGCUUCUGCAAACUUAAUUCCACAGUGAGCUUGCGGCAUUUAUUAGAGCGCUUUUCGUUGAGUGUCGUAAAUCCAAAGUUUCACCAAGGCCAAUCAGAACAAAGGAAAAUACUUCUAAGAGCCAAUGAGAACUAAAGGUAUAAACAACCAAACUGUCUAAAGCGCGGGAAAACGCGGGCGACCAGGUCGUGAUUGGUUUUAGUUUUGCACCCGAUUGGAUGAGAGAGUUUCGCGAGUUUUCUGGACCAAUCACAGAGUAAGUAAUUGCGAAACCAAUAUAAUCUCAGAUUGUUUUCGACACUGAAAACUGCUCUAGGUUUGUCACCAAACUGACUUUACCGGAAGAAAUUCUGGCGAUAUCCCGAGAAUGCUGCAAAACUACUGUGGCAUUGAACUUUGGUUGACUGAAUUCCACAAAAGAAC